UGACUUCCGUCAAAUCAAUGAGGCCAAAUGAAACCUGUUCGUUUACAAGAUACACGGUUUGGACAUAUUUAAAAUUUGUUUCUUCCAUUCAAAAUUAGUUUAAGUGACAUAUUGAAGCUAUGGCAUAUCCAAUAGACGUGACUUUUAAGUCAAUUUCUCUAACUUUGACAGCCAACUAUGCAAGUACGUGGAAAAUGUGGGAAGGGGUACGAGAACUUGUCCAGAACUGGCAUGAUGGUGUCUACCAAACUGCAGACAAGCUGGACUUCCCUGUUUCAUCGGACCCAGUCGUACAAUUUUCAGAGCCAAAACAAGCAAAUUUUUGUGAUAUCUAUGAAGCCUAUGCAGAACAUCCUAAGGAUGGCAAGAGGCACCAGCUGGGAUUGCUAUGCUAUGACAGAGUGAACAGCCGUCUGCAGAUGGUGAACAGACACAUUGCACUGCAUAAAAGGAUUCUUUUGAUGGGAUACAGCAAUAAAGCCAAUAAAAAAGAAACUAUAGGACAGUUUGGCGAGGGUUUAAAAGUUGGUGCUCUAGCUUUAGUUCGUGAAGGUCGCUUAGUCACUAUGGAAACAAAUAAGGAUAGAUGGAGAUUUGAUCUUCAAGAAGAUCCUAACUUUCAAGAAAAGGUUUUAGCAGUAUAUGUUACAGGAAGGACAGGACCCAACCAAAACCAUCCUUUGAGUAAUUUUGAAUUGGAUGCAGCAGAUACAUGCACAACUGUUCAUCUGAAGGAAGAGGAGUGGAAACAAUGUGUUGAUAAAUUUCUGUUCCUGAAGCCCCCAGUGAAUUGUGUGAAAACAGAAUUAGGCACAUUGUUACUAGACCCUGUGAAUUCUGGCCAGUUGUAUGUGAAAGGAGUGUGGGUGUCUGACCUCACAGAAGAGGACCUGUCAUCUGGGGUGGACUUCAUAUCUCUACAGAUAGACAGAGACAGGAAUGCAGUACCAAAGCCCAGUGAAAUAGAUCAUCUGGUAAGCUGCAUGUGGAUCAAAGUACUUGAAAAGGAUCCAUCUAAAGCACAGCAAUACUAUCACCUGUUGAAGGAUGACAAACAUCGAGAUGUCCGUCAUGCUUGUCAGUAUACCAGUUCCAAUGUGGCCCUGUUGAUGGCUAAUCUAUUUUCUCUAGAAUAUGGAGAAGAAGCUUUUCCAGUCAGUAAUCAAGCAACUGAGGAAGAGCUUGAUAUGAUUAAAAAAGAAUUGCAGAGAAAGGUGGUACUGUGCAACCAGACUUUGUUGGACAUCUUAUACAAGUCAGGACAGCACAUGAGUGUGGUUGAUGCUUUGGCUGUCCACAGGGCUGCAUCCAGAACUAUCAUUCCUUUCUCUACUCUUUCUACUGAACACAGGCAGGUCUUGCAACAUGCCGUUUGCCUUGCCCAGAUGGCAGAGCCAACACUAAGCCUGGCCUGCAUCUCUGUGGUUGACCAUCCUGAGAAUGUACUGGAGCCAUGUAAAAGCCAUGGGAGCUUUAUAGAUGUGCCAAGAUGGUUUCUUGAUCUUGAGACAACACACCAUGUCUGUAGACUAUGUUCUUCACAGGUCACUAAGUGCAUGUGUAGAGAAGUCCAUCUUUGUCACAAUUUUCUUCAACUCAGGAGAGACAUGAUUUCUAAACCAGUGCAAAAUAUACAGGCAUUCCAGAGCUAUCUGCCAUACAGAAUGGACCACCCUCUGAUGUUUGUCCUCACACAGGUGUCUCAGGAGGUUUGUGAACAAGCAAAGUCAAGUUCCAAGUUUUGCCAAGAGAUUCAUAAUACCAGUGCAAUGCCCUCUGAUCAGACUGCACAACAAAGCCAUAAAAUCUGUGAAGAGAGGGAAUCUUUUUUGCAACAGGAGAUUUCAAAAUUAGAGCAACAAAUUGCAGAGAUCUCAGAUCAGCAUCGUGUAGAAUAUACCAAGCUACAGCAAGAACUGCAAACAUUCCAGCAACAUCAGAUGUCAGAUGAGAUACAGAGAGUCAAUAUUGAGCAGCAACUUAAGGCAGACUAUGAAAAAAAGCUCAAGGGAAAAAUCCAGCAGCUAGAGGAACAGAUAAAGAGAGCUGAAGAUCAUAACCUGGAAAUGGCAAGAAACAUGAAUUUUGAAAAACAACAGAGAGAAAAAUCUGAUAAUAAGUUACAAGAACUUCACCAAGCUAUGGACAUGAAGGAGCAAACACUGUUUGAAGAAGUGUUACACUGGAUAGAAGAACACAAUAACAGAACUAGGUCACUACAGGAGAUAUUUAAAGAAAACCUUGAAGGUGCAAACAGCCAUGAGAAGGUGAAGUUUGAGACAUUAUGUCAGCUGUGUGAUACUCUUAUGGAGGACUUGCAGGUCCAGAGGUUUGUGUGCUCCAUUUGUAAAAUCAAGAAAAAGGACUGUGCAUUCCAGCCUUGUGGACAUUACCAGGCCUGUGCAGCUUGUGCUGACCACAUACUGACCACUACUAGGGUGUGUCCAGUGUGUAAUAGACAUUUGACCAAUGUUAUGAAGAUUUAUGAAUGAAUUGUCAUCCAGCUUGUCUGGGGAUUUACAGCAAUAAUGAUAUAAGAUUAACAUAUGGUGAUUUUCUUAACUGUGAUAUUAUUUAUACAAUUUCUAUUUAUAUACAUAUAUGUGUAUUUGAAAUGGAAUGGUUUGUAAGCUGGCUACAAAUUUACUUUUAUAUAUGUAUUUGAAAUGGAAUGGUUUGUAACCUAGCUCAUAGGUUAAUUUUAGGUUAUUUAUGUGUACUACUUGUAGGUACAACUUGGGGAAACACUCUGAUGGUAAAGAAACAGUACAGUGUGCUGUUAAGUUUUAAACAUUGUAUGAAGUGCAGGUUGUAUGUAGAUUUUAGCUUUCAUUCAUUGGCCGUGUCUAAAAGAAAUUAUUCCUGUAUUGUUAUUCAUGACUUAACAAGUAUUUUAAUGCCUAGAUCAGACAUUAGCCUAGGUUU